UACGCUAAAAAAAUUCAAUCCUAUGCAUGGAGUGUGUUAGACAUGCCAUGUAGACUAAUAAUGUGAUCAUCUUGUGAAUUAGGUCUUGGGACCGGUUAAACUCAAAUCCAAAUAGUAAAAAAAAAACUUCCUAAGAUAGCUUAAGAAAACAUCUUAUAGCUUAUAUGAAAACGAUUUGAUUUUAUUUUCUCUUAAAUUAUAGGAAUAACUUAUACACCGUGCGCUUAUGUGAUAAACACUUCAUUAACCACUUUACCAAACAGGCUUUCUUAAAUGUCGGUUUUUAUCUUCAUUAUAGGGCAUAGUUGUGUUGUGGCUCUCUGCGAUUGUUAGGCAUCCAAGGCCUCAGUGUGAUGUAGAACCUUGUGCAAAUCCAACAGUACUGCAACGAUCCUGUUUCUUUUCUCUUCCCUUGCUCAAAUGGCUCUUGGAGCUGGUGGCAUUAGGCCAUGUACCUUAGCCUUUACUGCUGAUCAAAUCAACAACCAUGAAACCCCACAAAAUGAGAGGACCAUGAAGAGCUUCUUCAAUUGGUAUUAUGUUUCGGUUGGCGUUUCAGUAACGAUUUCAGUGGACAUUUAUAGUGUACAUUCAAGUUAAAGCAGGGUGGGUUGUGGGUUUUGGGAUUCCUGUGGGGCUUAUGUUGUUUUCUGCCGUCAUGUUUUUCCUUGGGUUCUUCCUUAUAUGUCAAAGUGAAAUCAAACAAGAGCUUGCUCACUGGUUCCGCCCAAGUGAUUGUUGCAUCCUGGAAAAACAGAUACUUACACCUACCUCGUCAGAACUCUGACAUUUGGUAUUUCCACAAUGGCUCUAAUCUUGUUCAACCAACAAACAAAGUAAGGUUCUUGAACAAAGCUUGCAUAAUCAAGAACGGAGAGAAAGAUUUGGACUCGGAUGCCCAUUGAUCCAUGGAGUUUGUGUACAGUGAGACAAGUAGAGGAGUUGAAAGCCAUGGUGGGCUGUGAGUUGCGGGAUUUCUAUGGGGAUUGUGUGAUUGUCUGCUAUAAUGUUUUUUUGUGCCCUUCCAUAUACGUCAAAGUGAAACCAUAUAAUAGCUUGCUCACUGGCUUCGCCCAAGUGAUUGUUCCAGCCUGGAAAAACAGACACUUACCCCUGCCUCCCAAGAACUCUGACAUUUGGCAUUUUCGCAAUGGCUCUAAUCUUGUUCAACCAACAGACAAAGUAAGCUUACUUAAGGUUCUUGAACAAAGCUUGCAUAAUCAAGAAUAGAGAAAAAGAUUUGGCCUACGAUGGGAGACCCAUUGACCCAUGGAGUCUGUGUACAGUGAGACAAGUAGAGGAGUUGAAAGCCAUAAUCAGAGUCCUUCCUAUUUGGUCCACUGGCAUCAUACUUGCGGCUACUGUAAGCCAACAAUCAUUUUUCAUAGUCCAAACAGGCACCAUGGACAGGAUGGUGUUCGGUUUAGAUAUCCCAGCCACUAGUUUCACUUUAUUCAUAAUGCUCACUUUGACCAUAUGGGUGAUUGCAUGUGGUAUGAUCUCAUUCUAGUUCCCUUUUGGCCUAAGGAACGAAUAUUCACUGUUAAGCAACGAAUGGGAAUUGGGCUACUGAUCUCAUGUUUUGCCAUUAUAGUGGUCAACAUGUCAGUUAUGGUGGCUGUUGAAAUACAAGUAUAUGAGAUAAAAUUUCAUAUCAAAUACAAAUAAAAAAAUUAAAUAUAUUUUCUUAACUCUUCUUAAUUCUCGAAUAUGAUUUGACACAACGUUUUACUUUCAUUGGACAACUA